AUGAUUGGGGAAGAGCCUAGACCGAGUGACCCCGCGCUGCAGGAAGAUUGGGACGAGCGCGCCUCGGCUGGCUACUAUUUGAUGUCGCAGAGUUUGGAGCUGAACCAGCGUCACCACGUCAUGCACCUGCUGCCGGAGGUUGAUUGCGGUCCAAAGGCGUGGACCGUGCUGAAGGAGCUGCACGCUCCUACCUCCGUCACCGCAACGCUCAUGAUGGGGAGAGAGCUGUCUGCGUUGCGAUUGAGCAAGGGAGAGCCGGUGCAACCAGUCCUGGACAAGAUGCGCGACCUCUACGCGAAGUUGGCGACCACGGGAAUCACCUACCCGGAGCAGACCAAGUGCUUGAAGAUGCUCUCGCUGCUGCCGGAAUCGUGGCUUCAAUUCACGAGCGGAUUGGGCCUGCUGCAGAACCAGAGCUCGUGGACGCUCGAGUGGGUGCGGACGAAGAUUCUGGAGGAGGACUUCCGUCGCCGCCAACUGAGGGGUGGAGACGACAGCAGCAGCGGCUACGGGAUGCAAGAGAGCCGACGUGGUAGAGGACGUGGCUUCGGUGGUGCUGGACGCGGUGCAAAGAAGGACGACGACUCCAACGACCAACAAGGAGGUAUCGGUUGGGGUCGCGGUGCGAAAUCUGGACGUGGGGGCAAUUCGGGUGCUGGUGGAAAAAUGAAGGGAAUUGCUGGUAUUGAUGGCGGCGCGCGGAGGAACCAGAAAAACGGCGCAAGCAUGGUCGCUGAUUCGUCCGACAACAACCCGAAGAGCAACGGUGGUGCGGAGAAGAAGAAGGAGCGCACCGCGGGCCAGUUCUUCCAUAUUGGAGAGCAGGGGGAGCAAGGAGACGCCUCUGCCAAGGUUGGAGCAGAGCUGCACCUCCUGGACUAUCGGGUGUUGGACACAGGCGUUGCUUGGACAAUAAUACCAUGCAAGACCUGCUGGACGACGUACGCGCUGCACCGAUCAAUGAAGUGUGCUCUGCCUCUGGACACGCGCUGA